GUUUCUUGUGUAUUAAUACUGUUGUCCAAAUGUUAACAUGUUAUUUGUUAUCGUAUCAGGUAAUUGUUUGGUCAAGAAGAAAAGGGAACAUCGUCGUCGGUGUAUUCCGGAGUCGGGCACAGCAGCAGGUCGUAGAAACACUCAUCUUACGUCUGGAUGAUAUACGUCGUGCGAUCAUCUCUACAUCUUCACCAUUCUUAUAAUGACCCCUUGGCGAUGGUUGAGUUGGCUGUUAAUGAUAUUAGCAUGUCGAGCGAGCCAAUUCGACAAUGGUGGCGACAAAAACGCUAUAACAGAUAUGAACGACAAUGCUACAGAACACCUUGAAGCUAUUAAUGGCACGCCAAACUAUAGACUGAUUAAACCAGACAAGAGUCCGCAGUGGUUCCCGGAGCCGCAGAUCAAGCUCGACAGCUGCGUGAGGAGAGCUCAAUGCGAACCACUCAACAAGACGAAUUGCUUGGGGACAAGGCUGCCCUAUGACAAAACGAGUAUUCACCUCACGUUACAUGAAAAUCAGUAUCAAAUUCAGACUCAACUGGAACUCUAUAGAGAACUAAUAAAUGUGCCAAACUGCUGGGCCGUUAUACAGCCUUUGCUUUGCUCCACUUUCAUGCCCAAAUGCGAACGAAUACUGGGCCAAGACAUGGUUUAUUUGCCCUCGUAUGAAAUGUGCAAGAUUACAAUGGAGCCAUGUUCGAUACUGUACAAUACCUCGUACUUUCCGUCCUUUUUGAAAUGCAAUGUUACAUUGUUUCCUUCGAGAUGUGAGAAUGCAGUGAGGGAGUUGAAAUUCAAUACUAGUGGGAAAUGUCUGCCGCCCCUUAUACAUACGGAUAAACCGUUGCAUUUUUAUGAAGGAAUAUCGGGAUGCGGCCUGCCGUGCCGGGACCCGCUGUACACUGAAGACGAGCACCAACAGAUACACCGCCUUGUGGCGUGGGGCGCAGGCGUGUGUCUCGCGCUCAACCUGCUGACUGUGGCCACGUUCCUGAUAGACUGGCGUAGCGCCAACAAGUACCCUGCACUGGUCAUCUUCUAUAUAAACGUGUGCUUCGCUGUCGCAUCUAUGGGGUGGCUGAUUCAAUUCGGCGUAGGAUCACGUGAUGACAUUGUCUGCUCAAAAGACGGCACCAGGCGACAAGGCGAACCUUCUGCCGAGGAAAACCUAUCCUGCGUCGUAGUUUUUGUACUGGUGUAUUAUUUCAUGAUGGCAGCUUGUGUUUGGUUCGUCAUAUUCACAUAUGCUUGGCAUAUGAGCUUCCGUGCUUUGGGUAAAAUCCAAGACCGCAUAGACAAGAAAGCGGCGUAUUUCCACCUGGUCGCGUGGUCACUACCAUUAAUCCUCACGAUAGCGACGAUGGCGUUCGGCGAAGUAGACGGCAGCAGCGUGACCGGCAUCUGUUUCGUGGGUUACGUCAACCAUCCGAUGAGAGCGGCGCUUUUGUUAGCGCCCUUGUCGGUUGUGCUGGUUUUGGGAGGCUACUUUUUGUUAAGAGGUGUAUUCUCCUUAAUCGCGGUCCGGGUGUCAAGCAAAGACGUGAUUUCCCCUCGCGCCGCCAACAAGAUCCGUCAGACUAUAACGCGCUGCUCUCUCACGGCCGCGCUCGUGGCUGUCUUCAUAUGCGUCACCUUCGCCUGCCAUAUCUACGAGUUUAGAAACGCUGAGCUCUGGAAGGAGUCUUUUAAGAAGAAUGUUAUUUGUCGCCUGGAAGCGCUAAAGCAGCCCGAGAAGGAGUGCUCCGUGGGCGCCCGUCCGUCGGUGUCGGUGCUGCAGCUGCGGCUGCUGUGCUGCUUCGCGGCCGGCGCGCUCAUGGCGUCGUGGACGUGGACGCCGGCCGCAGCCGCCGCCUGGAGGCGCUACCUGGCAAGGAAAUGCGGUUGCUCAGUCGAGGAAGAAGUGACGCGUCGCGCUCGCAAGCACGAGCUGAUUGCUCGCGCGUACCGUCGGCGCGGAGAGUUCGCGGCGCGAGGCAGGCUUUCCAUCUCGCUCGGCGGCUCGAGGCAGGACCCUGUGGGGUUGUGCAUCGACCCCACCUCGCCUACUGACUACCCUGAUGAUGCUAAGCACGAAAGUGGAGAAUUAUCAUCAUCGUGGGCGGCGACCCUGCCUCGCUUCGUGCGGCGCCGCGACGCGCUGGUGCUGCCCACACACACGCACCACUCGCUCAGCUCCACGCCCGACCGCCGCAACUCUCAGGACUCACAGAUCAGUAUUAGCCUACGCCACGUAUCCGUGGAAUCGCGCCGCAACUCGCUCGAUAGUCAGCUGUCCGUCAAGAUAGCCGAGAUGAAGACCAAGGUGGGUCGCCGCCGCCCCAAGCACAGCAAGGCCAAGCGCAAGGCCCGCGCCGCCUCCAACCGCAAGGAGAGCACCCCGUCCAUCGAGAGCCAGAUCAGUCGCUACUGGCUGCAGGCAGUCGCCGCCAACAACGAUCCGUCCCGCGAGGAGGUCAAGUUCAGCUUCGACUGAUACUACUCAUAUCGUGAUAUUUAUCCAAAUUUGCAACUCAUGCAUAGCACUAUGAAAACUAUGAUACUUAUAAAACGAGUAUCCGUGGAUUGUUUACUUAUAAUAAUUUACACUCACUAGAUUUAAGGAUCAAAGUUCAAAUUAGAAUUGCAAAUGCCCAAUGGACUGCUAACUGUGAAUCAAGCACACAUUUUAGCCCUUUAUUAUUUUAAGGGUUUUUAGGGCAAGUUAAUUUGUGAUUAUCAUUGAAGAUAAGGAAACAAAGACUGAUCAGAAUCUCAAAGGAGUAAUGUUUUAUAUUUCUUCUACACUAACAAUAUCCAUGACAAUGCAUUUUUGUGAUAUUCAUGACCUCUACAUGUGCCAUAAAACAAAAUUAUAAAGGUAGCACCUCAAUGUUUCAUUGGAAUCGACUGAAAUAGUUUUAGCAUGUAAGGAUCAAGUUUCUUAUCAUACAUUAUUGUUAAAUGAUGUUGAAAGCAAUGUUGAAAACUUUCUAAUAUUUAAUUUUUUACGAAUAUUUGAUAGAAUAUGUUGCUUGUCCAUAGAACUUGUGUACAAGAUGUGGUUGUGAUACCAGAUAUUUGUGAGGCUAUAGUUUUGAUGAUGUGGACAAUAACAUCGCCACUUAUUUUUUACUAUCUACUUAGUAUUAAAUGUUGAUCCUCAAAAGUUUUGCACCUGGCGGCUACAAUAAGACUCACGUUUGUGUAUAAGACAUGUAUGUAUAUUAUUUUUAUUUAGUCUGGGCUAGCUUUAAAUUUUGAUAUAAUUUUGUAUAAGUUUUACUACCAAUAAUUUACUUAUGAACUUAAUUAACUGUACAAUAUAAUGAUACUUUUUUCAUAAAA